AGUGAUCACACCUGUUGAGGUGGUUGGUGGUAACAGGGCUAACAGAUUUUUUUAUCAGAAACCCAGCAGCAACCAGCCUCUGUCUGUGUUUAAAUUUUGGGAAGUUGCACGAUGUGGCUUCUGCUCUUCAUCUGCACAUCAGCAGUAGUCGUUGGUGUCCCCAUACAUCUGACCCAGGAGGCCACCAGUCCUGCACCAGAUAAUGUUACUGUCACUUCUAUGCAUGAUGUGCCGAAGCCAGAAACUACAGAAGCUUUAAAAGUUGGUGCCGUUCCCUUAAAUGACACACAAAAUACAACUCAUCCUGCCCCAGGUAUAGUUGUUUCGGUGCUUAAGCCACAGGAAGCCAGUGCAGAAACCUUAGAAGAGCUUCAGGAAGAAAUGGUUGUCCAAGAGGGAGACAUUUUGAUUCAGGAGGACAGGAAUGCUGUCAUGACCCUGUGGGCAGAUGCCAUCGUGCCCUAUGCCAUCACCUAUGAGCUGGCUGAUCAAGAGUUUAACAUCCUCAGCGCCUUCAAGAUGAUAUCAGAUUUCACCUGCAUCCGCUUCGUACCACACACCACAGAGCUGAACUACCUGAAGUUCAAGAAUGGCAAGGGCUGUGCAUCCUUUGUUGGUUGUCAAGGAGGAGCCCAGCCAGUGUAUUACGCCCGCUCGUGCAGCGUGGGAAACCUUUGCCAUGAGAUCAUUCACGCUCUGGGACUGCAUCACGAACACACCCGUGAGGAUCGGGAUCAAUACAUUGAUGUGCAGUGGCAUAACAUCAUACCAGGGAGAGGGAGAAACUUUAAGGUGAGACGUGGAAACACUCUGAACCUGCCAUAUGACGUCAAUUCCAUAAUGCACUACGGAAAAUAUUUUUUCAGUCGAGAUGGAAGUCCAACAAUGUUGGCCAAGCAGAGCGGAGUACAGAUGGGUCAGAGAACACAUCUCAGCCACCUGGAUAUACAGAGACUGAACCGACUCUACCGCUGCGAUGAGCGGAUGAAUUCAGUGUAUGGAUGGUAAAAGUGAGUGGGAUCCCUGUUGGUUAAUCUGCAUAUGCUGUGAGAUCUAAUAAAGUUAUUAAAAAA